AUGACAUGGCUUGCCCAUAAGGCGGCCACGCGCGGUCUGCUAAUACGACAAGGGGCAAAACUGAAGCGCCAACUGACAGAAAAGAGCAGGACCUUGCUGACUGACUUAAAACAGGCAGAAACACGACACAAGACUUCCCCCACACACUCCAACAGGCAGGAGGUACAAAAGAUAAGGGCCACCAUAGAAGCACUACAGAUGCAGCAAGUAGAACGGGCAAUUC